GAUUAGAGGGUUGUUGUGAGUGUCUGCUCAAAGAGUGGGAGCCAGUGGACAGAAACAGAUUUUAAAAAAAUUCUCCAGCAAGAGGAUAGCCUUGUUAUACUGGAUAAGUGUUCUGAUUUUAUUUUACUCUGCCUCUACUUCUCAUCACAGUCGAACUGAAGGGUCUUCACCUGGGGAAAGACAGAUAAGCCAGUCAACUAUACAGCUUGGAUUUUCACACGGGGAGCCAUGUGAGCUGUACUCCCCUCUGCCGACUUCACGCAACAGAACUGCCCCAACAGUCUGCACUCCAAAUCCAGGAGCUCAACUGGGAUUCGUCCACCCCCUCUCUCCCUGGAACCUCUACUUUCAGCGCUUGCUUACCUCAGCGGAGGACACCUUUCUUGGGGACGGGCUCUGAGUGGCCCCCUGGUCUGGAGGCCAGACAGCAGCACUCCAGCACCAUGGAUUACCUGCUUCGGACUGUAGUGCUGCUGUGCUUCACUUUGCAGCCGGGAAGAGGAGCUGAUCCCAAGCACAACGUUCCCAGACUAAAGCUGUCAUUCAAGGAAAUGUUAGAAUCCAGUAACCUCCUUACCUUUAAUGGCCUGGCAAAUAGUUCGGGCUAUGACACAUUCUUAUUGGACGAGGAGCGAGGGAGACUGCUGGUUGGAGCCGAGGACUAUAUCUUCUCAUUUGACUUAGUCAAUAUAAACAGAGACCACAAACAGAUUGCGUGGCCUGCCACCCCCUCCAAGAGGGAUGAAUGCAAGUGGGCAGGGAAGGAUUCGGCAAAGGAGUGUUCUAAUUUCAUCCGGGUCCUUCAACCGUAUAACCAGACCCAUCUGUACAUCUGUGGAACAGGAGCCUUCCACCCCAUCUGCGCUUAUCUGGAAAUGGGCAAAAGAGCAGAGGACAACAUAUUCCGACUGGCCUCCCAAUUUGAGAACGGCAGAGGGAAAAGCCCCUACGACCCCAAAAUGCUUUCAGCGUCACUCCUGCUUGAUGGAGAGCUGUACUCUGGAACAUCUGCUGAUUUCAUGGGAAGGGACUUUGCCAUUUUCCGUACCCUCGGAGAUCAUCAUCCAAUCCGAACAGAGCAGCAUGAUUCGCGAUGGCUUAAUGACCCCAGAUUUAUUGGCGUUAACUUGAUCCCUGAAAGUGACAACCCUGAGGACGACAAGGUCUUCCUCUUUUUUAAGGAGAAUGCAAUGGACGGAGAGCACACCGGGAAGGCUACAAUUGCCAGGAUAGGACAACUGUGUAAGAAUGACAUGGGAGGUCACAGGAGCCUUGUGAACAAGUGGACUACUUUUCUAAAGGCUCGUCUCAUCUGUUCAGUUCCGGGGGUCAAUGGCAUUGAUACACACUUUGAUGAACUCCAGGAUGUAUUUCUCAUGAGCUCCAAGGACCCAAAGAAUCCAGUUAUCUAUGCCGUAUUCACUACUUCAAGUAACAUAUUUAAAGGCUCGGCGGUGUGUAUGUACAGCAUGGCUGACAUCAGGAGGGUUUUCCUGGGUCCCUAUGCCCACAGAGAUGGGCCCAAUUACCAAUGGGUCCCUUUCCAAGGGAGAGUGCCCUACCCCCGCCCUGGCACUUGCCCCAGCAAAACAUUCGGAGGUUUUGAUUCCACCAAGGACCUUCCAGAUGAUGUCAUCACCUUUGCCAGGGGUCACCCUGCCAUGUACAACCCAGUGCACCCAAUUGGGGGGCGGCCCAUCAUGGUUCGAACGGAUGUGGACUAUCAGUUCUCCCAGCUAGUGGUGGACAGAGUUGAAGCAGAGGACGGGCAAUACGAUGUCAUGUUCAUAGGCACAGAUAUGGGAACAGUGCUAAAAGUGGUAACGAUUCCCAGAGAGAGCUGGCAUGACCUGGAGGAGGUUGUGCUUGAGGAGAUGACCGUUUUCAGGGAGCCUACUCCCAUCACUGCGAUGGAGCUUUCCACCAAACAGCAACAGCUGUACCUUGGCUCAGCCCUGGGAGUAUCACAGAUGUCUUUACACCGCUGUGAGGUGUAUGGGAAAGCCUGCGCCGAGUGCUGCCUGGCCAGAGACCCUUACUGCGCUUGGGAUGGUGCUGAGUGCUCCAGAUACUUUCCUACCGCCAAGAGGAGAACCAGGCGACAAGACAUCAGAAACGGAGAUCCGCUCUCGCAGUGCUCAGACCUUCAACAUCACGACGAUAUGGAUGGUUUAGGAGGCAGCAUAGAGGACAGGAGUGUCUUCGGUGUGGAAAACAGCAGCAUGUUUCUGGAGUGCAGCCCCAAAUCUCAAAGAGCGCUGAUUUACUGGCAGCUGCAGAGGCCCAACGAUGAUCGCAAGCAAGAGAUUAAGAUGGAUGACCGGGUGCUGCGUACAGACCAGGGUCUGUUGAUCCGCAGCUUGUCCCUGUCUGACACGGGAGUCUACCACUGCCAGGCGGUGGAACAUGGCUUCAUUCAGCCCCUGCUGCGUCUCAACCUGCAGGUCAUCCCCACCCAGAGACUGGGGGACAUUCUGCCUGGGCUUCCUAGUGCAGGGGGCGGCGCAGGUAACGCAGCCAAGCACAGGGUCUGGUACAGAGAUUUCCUGUCUCUCUUAGACCACCCGGAGCUGAACAGCGUGGAGGAAUUUUGUGACAGAGUUUGGAAGAAAGAGCGCAAACAGAAGAAGGUGAAAGCUCCCAACAGCAACGGCAAAUCUGACAGUGCCCCAAGCUCUGCGGCGCGACCCAAAGCUGCAGCCCCCACUGCUCAGAAACAGCAGGCUAGUCCGCCAAACAGCAGGCCGUGGCUUCAAGCUGGAGAUCCAGUGGGGGAGGGGCCAACUCGGAGCCAGAAUACCCAGAAAGGUCAACCGAAUCUGAGCGCGGUCCCUAAAAACGGCCCGAAGACGCAGAACGGAGCAAAGGUGCAGGGUGGCCCGGGUGGGUCGCAGGUCGCGGGGGGCGCUCGGGUCAGCAGCCAGCAUACAGCAAAAUGGAGACGAAUGCAGGAAAACAAGAAGGGACGCAACAGGAGGACCCAUGAGCUCCAAAGACCCCCACGUAGUGUUUGAGAAAGGAGCCGGGAUGCACACCUUCAAGCAAAUCUACACGUACAAGCACAAAGCCAUGCAUCAGCAUCAGCACAUACUUUGGGUUGUGAAUCCAGCAUAAUAUAAAACAAACAACAACAACAAAAAAAUCACCCAGCACAUUUUCUGAGGUAACAUACAUGAACUACAUCCUUGUAACAAAAGCAAGAUGAAUGAUCAGAACUUGUGAAAAAGACAAGCAGAGGACUGAAAACCAGGAAUGCAUUCGAUAAAGUUGUUAGAACAUGCCUGUUUGCCCGGGAAUACAUUCUGGCAGACGCUCUUUCAAACCUCCUGUACAUAAGCUACAAAUAUAAGACUGGGACUGAAAAAUUUUAAGUCACAGAUUUGUCUGACUUAUAAUGCUGACAGGACAG